UGGGUCAAACAAUAAAUAUUACCUUAAAAUAUCUAUAUCCAUUAGUAUAAAAGUUUAGAAUUCAUGGAAGAGUUUUCAGACGUCAAACAUGGCUAAAACACAUAUAUGUCUUUCUUUCAUCAUCUUGUUAUACAUCAUAUCAGAAGGAAGUUUCACAAGAGUCAAUGCACAGGGCCAAAAGGAAUGGUGUGUAGCUAAGCCUAGCAGUUCAACCGAAGAACUUUUUAAUAACUUAAACUAUGCGUGUUCGAUAAUCAAUUGUCAGAUUAUAUCAAAAGGAGGUGCAUGUUAUUCUCUAGAUAAUCUCUAUAAUCUAGCUUCUGUCGCCAUGAAUCUUUAUUACCAAGCUGCAGGAAGACACUAUUGGAAUUGCAAUUUUGGAGGCUCUGGUCUCAUUGCCAUAACUGAUCCUAGCUAUGGAAAUUGCAUAUAUGAAUUUCGUAAGUAAAUCAUGGAAAACUUCGCGUUUGUAUCUCUUAAUUUCAAAAUAAAACAAAAAACUCUAA